UCUCAUUGUUCCAGGAGGCCAAAUUUGAAGUCCUUCCCAGGGAGUGGCCCUGUGCAUCUUAUUCUCCAGCCAAAGUAGGAAUAGCGUGAGAAGGAGAGAGACACAGUCAGCAGCCAAAGGACUCGGUGGAAAGAGCAGAGGACCAUAGACAAUAUGCUGCUCUUGGGACCCAAGGCGCUGCUGUUUCUCACUGCACUCAUCAUUCCCUCGGAUUGGACACCUCUAGGGGUCAGUGGUCAAGGAGAAGCCAAUGUGACUCAAGCGACUUCAGAAACAUUCACAGACGAUCCUAAUCUGGUAAAUGAACCCUCUACAGAUGAAACAGUUCUGGCUGAUAUCGAACCUUCCACAGAUGACCAGGCCUCGUCUAAUGAUAAAAAUACCACUACAGAGUGCCGGGAUGAGAAAUUUGCUUGCACAAGACUCUACUCUGUGCAUCGACCAGUCAAGCAAUGCAUUCAUCAGUUAUGCUUCACCAGUUUACGACGCAUGUACAUUAUCAACAAUGAGAUCUGCUCCCGUCUUGUCUGUAAAGAACAUGAAGUUAUGAAAGAUGAGUUUUGCCGUCAGAUGGCUGGUCUGCCCCCAAGGCGACUCCAACGUUCCAACUACUUCCGACUUCCUCCCUGUGAAAAUGUGAAUUUGCAGAGACCUGUUGGUCUGUGAUGAACGAGAGAAGAAGAAUGUGUGGAUGGGAGGAAAAGAAUGCUCUAGGAAGAGGGAACUCCUUGUCCAACCAUUGUCAACUAACUCAUCCACAUUAGUAUUUCUUAAACCAGUCCUUUUGCACUGUUUAGCUUUUGCCCCUACUCCCUGAGUUUUCACCCAGACUGAUAACAUUUAUCUCAUUUUUCAGUACUUACAAAACAAAGUCUAUAUUAUUGCAUAGUUUUACUGCUUCCCAAUAUUAUAGCCAUAAAUGAUGACCACAUGGCUUAUAUACAAACACUCUACAUGCAAUUUCAAGGGAAAAUAGACUUAAAGUUAAUAAUAUUCACUAUUGAAUCUGUCUGAGAUAGAUUUCAGGGUGGAAGAAGCUAUUACUGUCUAUUUUGGCUAGCCACAGAACUUCAUUUACUUUCCUGAGUUUCCUAGAUUAACUCCCCAUUCAUCUACAAAAUCAUAGUCCUUUUACUCUUAUUUUAACUAUUUUGCUGAUUGGCCUAACAUUUGCCUGGAAGGUCCUCUUUAUGAGAAAGAUCAUGAUAAUUUUUUGUAUUCCUAGAAAAUUCUCCAGAGCCAAGAGUUAUACAACCCCACCAGCAAUAUAAAGACCAAAAUGUUGUCUUCUGCUAAACUCAGAGGCUGAGGCUAAGGAGAGGGGAGUAUGCCAAGUAUAGAACUUGGACUCAGGACUCCCUAUUCAAGUUUUGAUGUGGUUGUCCAAUCGGCAAGUAGGGCUGGAAAGUAAGUCUCAUUUUCUUGUUCAUUUAUGGUAGUAUUGGGGUUAACCCAUUUCCACAGGUUAAUUAGACAACUAACAUCAAAUCAUAUCACUGGUCUGA